AUGGAGCCCUGGAAAGUGCGUCUGGAAACUAUUAAAGAAGAGGUGUUGAGCACUAUAGAAGAAUUUAAAAUUUCCAAUUGUAAAACUGCACAGGCAAGUCUGCAGUCACUGACUUCUCUUUUCAUAGCCGAGACACGGGCAUAUAUUGAUAAAUUGGGAAAUGAUGAUUUCGUGGAAUAUACAAAACUACAAAUGGAUGCUCAACUGUUAACAUUAGCUGUUACUCCUAAUGUCAGUCAACCAGGUCAGUCAAGGUUGCCGAAACUGGAACUAGCAAAAUUUAAUGGUGAUAUUUUGAAGUGGAGUGAGUUUUGGGACCGGUUUUGUUCAAGUGUUGACACUCAACACAUAAGUAAUGCCGAUAAGUUAUCAUAUUUACAAGCAACACUAUGUAAAGAUGCCUUAGCGGCGAUAGAAGGUUUAAACACCACUAAUGAUAAUUAUCCAGUGCCAGUAGACAUUUUAAAGAAUAGGUCGAUUGCGCAUCUAUAUCCAUUAGAAGUAGAAGAAUCGGAGGAAAAGGAAAUAGUAGCACCUGAGGAAGCUAACAAAAUAAAAGAUAAGGCGAAGCAGGAUAGUGAGGAAAGAAGUAAAGAAGAUAACAUGGAAAGGAGAAGCCAAAGGAGCGCGGCGCAAAUUGCAAGAAAAAGGAUAGAGAGUUGGACUAACCAAUUAUUUUCGUUUUAA